AUGUCAUCAUCCACGCAAACCCAGACAAAAGUCCCUGAAAUCACGGUUUUAAAUCGUGUUGUUUCUAUUCCCUUAAUUGCGUCUUCGCUUGAACAGAUAAACACCAUCCUUGAGAAAAACACGCUCACCCGCUCUCCGUACCACGCAGCUCAAGCGAUUACCAACACCGCCUAUAACUACUCGCAGCCUAUCCAGAUUCGCCUUGCCCCACUCCUUGUCCGCGCAGACGGUAUCGCCAACAAGGGUCUCGAUGCGGUUCAGUCGAGGUAUCCUUAUCCGUUCCAGGCUAAGCCCGAGGAAGUGGCCAGCUACGUGUGUGCGACUGCGGGAAACACGUUUGAGAAUGUCAAAUCCCCUGCAGUUAGCGUUGCAGAGGGCAUCGACAAGAAAUUUGCACCGGUUGUUGACUACAUCGAGAAAAUCGCUGGAAAUAUGUCCCAUGGAUCGGGCGCUUCGUCCCCCUCUUCCGCGUCUUCCGACUCUCAAUACCAGUAUCAGCGCGCGAUCAACGUUUCAAAGCACCUCAAGGACAACCUCUACGUCUAUUCAUCAGAGCACCUCAAGCAAGUACAGCAGCAAAGUGUCCUGGUUCAACGCGCGACCGAUACCGCCAACUCUAUCUCUGCUCUCGCCUCCAAUCAAAUGAAGAAUGCUCAAACUGCCUUUCAUGGUGUUGCUGACAGCCUGAUUUCCGAGAUGCAGAAAGUACACGAGUCCACCAUUCAGCUCCCUCAGACCUUACAGGAUACAUAUCCUGACGUCUCCAAAACCGUCACAGACUUGCGCAAUAUCAUCACGAAUCCCUCUCUCCCUGUCCCAGAGAAGAUCAAUCGCUUAGGCAGAGAGGUCAAAGAACGCGUGUCUCCGCUGCUUGAAAAGCUCACACAGCGGAUAAGCGAGAUCAUUUCUGUCCUUGGAUCGAAGGCAGAAGAGGUCAACAACACCGCCGAGGCGCAUGGCAAUGGGCUUCCCUCAGCGUCCGACUCGGAUUCCUGA